GUUUGCCGGCACAUUCAGCCAAGAGGAUCCGGUCAGCUUGCUUGUUACAGAGGGCAGUAAAAACAAAAGAGAAAAAAAGUCCCCAAAAACCCUACGUACCUAAUACAUCAUUAGAUAAACCUUAGAGUUCUUAAAGCAGAGUUUAUAUUGGUAAGCUUUAAAUCCAGUUUUGAAGAUGAUGAAUGGGCAAAUCAACGACUUCCACAGCUCCCUGAUCGAGGAAGACUGCUUUCUCUUCACUUCGGAGUCUGUCGGGGAAGGUCACCCAGACAAGAUCUGCGACCAGAUCAGCGAUGCCGUUUUGGACGCCCAUCUCAAGCAGGACCCGGAUGCCAAAGUCGCCUGCGAAACGGUGGCGAAGACUGGCAUGAUCCUUUUGGCUGGAGAGAUCACAUCCAGGGCCAACGUGGACUAUCAGAAGGUCGUGCGGGAAACCAUUAAGCACAUUGGCUACGACGAUUCCUCCAAAGGUUUUGACUACAAGACCUGCAAUGUGCUGGUGGCCCUGGAGCAGCAGUCUCCUGACAUUGCCCAGGGCGUGCACCUGGACCGCAACGAGGAGGACGUGGGAGCUGGGGACCAGGGUCUGAUGUUUGGCUAUGCCACUGACGAGACCGAGGAGUGCAUGCCCCUGACCAUCGUUCUUGCCCACAAGCUGAACGCCAAGAUGGCAGAGCUGCGCCGUAAUGGCACCCUGCCCUGGCUGCGCCCCGACUCCAAGACCCAGGUGACUGUGCAGUACCGUCAGGACCGUGGGGCUGUGAUCCCGGUGAGGGUCCACACCAUCGUGGUCUCCGUGCAGCACGAUGAGGACGUGCACCUGGACGAGAUGAGGGACGCGCUGAAGGAGAAGGUGGUCAGGGCUGUGGUGCCCUCCGUCUACCUGGACGACGACACCAUCUACCACCUGCAGCCCAGCGGCCGCUUCGUCAUCGGGGGCCCGCAGGGCGAUGCUGGUCUCACUGGCCGGAAGAUCAUUGUGGACACCUACGGGGGCUGGGGCGCGCACGGAGGCGGCGCCUUCUCCGGGAAGGACUACACCAAAGUGGACCGGUCAGCUGCCUACGCCGCUCGCUGGGUGGCCAAGUCCCUGGUCAAGGCUGAGCUGUGCAAGCGGGUUCUGGUCCAGGUCUCGUACGCAAUUGGAGUGUCGCAUCCGCUGUCAAUCUCCAUUUUCCACUAUGGGACUUCCCAGAAGAGUGAGAGAGAGCUUCUGGAGAUUGUCAAGAAGAACUUUGAUCUCCGACCUGGGGUCAUCGUCAGGGAUCUGGACCUGAAGAAACCCAUUUAUCAGAGGACCGCUGCAUAUGGCCACUUUGGUAGGGAUUCCUUCCCUUGGGAGGUGCCCAAAAAGCUCAAAUACUAAACUUGUUAAGCUUUUUUUCCCCAGGCCUGUUGGUGUAUACUACAGAGAAGCCUUCCAGGUCUUAGGGGGGAAAAGGCCCAAAAGUCUCCUCCUAAACAAAAUCAAAACCCCAAACCCUGUCUUCUCCUAACUCAUCUUCUACUUCUUGACCACUCCGAGCUGCUGUUAGCUUAGUCUGUGUGUGUACGGGACCAUAAGAGAUCGGCUUCGUAAAUGGCACUUGUUCCAUUUGAAUGUACUCAUUCAUCUUGGUUUUUUCCGUUGUGGGGUCUGUACUUUUUUGAGACUAGACUUGUCCAUGGAUUCCCAGGGCCUGACCCUUGAUUUAGUAACUUGAGACCACUGGUGCUUUCCCCAACCCCCCAAUACAAUUAUCUCCUUCCACCCUCAACAGAUUUGUAACGGUCUGUUUUAUCCCUUCUAUAAAAAGGCUGGCUGUCAGCUGAAUUAGAAUAAAUAUUGCACAGUAGAACUGCAAGGUGGCAUAAUUAAGAGCUUGUGAGACAAGUGGGUAUUUGUCUUUACAGCUCAAAAACACACCUGAUUAUUCGUUACACUUCUCUCCCGGGAAUGCCCAGUACAUUGUGAGACAUAGAAUAGCUCAAAGCAUUGAUUUCUUAAAAAGAGAUACCGCACACUAAGUUAUCCUGCUUCAGCAAGGCUUUUGCAGUGCAUGGCUGCCUGCUGUUAUCUAAUAGGCUUUUUCUGAAGUCUGUGUGUAGUUUUUAAUAUCUGUUAGAUGACCCGAAACAGGGCUGUGGUUAUAUAGAGUAUUUAAUCAAAAACGUAGCAGAUUUUUAAAAAUGUUUUAUCCCCCUCGCCCAAUAAAAAGUAACCCCUUUCCUUGCUGGGGCCCCUCUCGUUGCGGGACGUUGUGUUACAGUGGUACACCUUGUGACGGAGGUUUUUUAAAAAUGCUAUGCAUCGUGGAUGAAGCACUAGCCAAACCUUGGUUUGUGACCUUCCUGUUUUCCCAGCGCAGGUCAUGGGUGCCUUGUGAUGUAAUACAGAAAAGUCAGAAGGCCCUUGUACCCGAGGUCUGUAGAAUUGACACACUGGUACUUGACGUUUUAUUUUCUUUCUGAGAAAGUUAAUUCCACCAACGGUGCAGAAGCACUCCUUCUGAGGGCGGCUUCUGCUUUGUUUCUUUUUAACAAAGGUGAAAUUUCAGCUCCCUUUCUGUCAUGACAGCAGGUGUAGAUACAGAGAAACCAGCUCCCAUCAUGGCAUAAAGAAGGGUGUCAACAAAGCUCUCAAUACUUGAAAAAUGAUUGUCUAGUUGUUUCCUAUUUAUUAUUGUACUCUGAAGCUCUGCGUCGAUACAGAGAAGCCCGAGCUUCAGAAGGCAGCUCUUUUAGGUUUUUUUUUCUUUCCGAAUGCCAUAAUUCAUUUGUUUCCAGCAACCCCUGUGGGCUGAGGUGUCCUACAGAAAAGCCUUGGGUUUCCUCGCAGGGUUCUGGCUGGUGUGGAAUAUUCUUGAGUGGAUAGGUGAGCAUAACCACUUAGGCUUCUUUUUUUUUUUUUGCGACGAGAGAGGCAGAUUUUGGCCGGUGUUGUACAGAGAAGCCGGCUUGUUUACCUGCUCUCUUGUUUUCAUUUUAUUUGAGAGAUUGGCCUACUGGUUGCUGUAAGUGUAAAAGUGCCUUUUCUAUUUAUCUGCCACCUCUCCCUCCACCCCCUCCCCAAAACUAUAUUUCGACCCACUCCCGUUCCUGAAAUACAAGCCCCCACGUUUAAAUUACAUGUCAAAUUGAAUAAAGUGCAAGAUCCUUCAAGAA